AUGGCGACGUUUUGGCCACGCACCCCAGCGUCUGCGUCCUUGGCACGGGCACUCUGGCUGCAGCAGAUCAUGACUCACCUAUCCCUAUCAAUGAACAAGAUUGACAUGGACACGUACAAGGGCGGCCUCGCUCGCUCCACCUGGGGUAACCGCGUCGGGACGUUUCACCAAAAUACUCCCUUUUACUUGGACAAAGCGAACUGCAGAGGAGCGAAGCCCGCGAGUCGUAGCCGCCCGGAAGACAUGGCAAUCCCUUUCGUCCAGUGCCCUGGGGCAGCCGGUGACAAGCCCGCGUCGACUGUAACCAUCGUGGGCCGCAAUCGAGGUUGGGUGGGCCGUUCGCGACGGUGGCCAAGGCAAAUGGGCCGACGAGAUUGGAGCAGCGCCGGCUUGGGGGAAGGGCUGGUGCACCGGACGAAGCUGAAGCCGAAUUAA